CGAGCCACGCCGUCAUGUCCUCGGCUGCCACCUCCUCUACUGCCGUUACCGAGGAAGUUUUCGUCUACACCAAACGCCUGCAGACUGUUCACAAACACAUUAGCGAUGUGACCAAAUGCUGUUUCUCCAAAAGAUUCCAUCUGGCGAUUGGAUCCAGGUAAUGUCUUUUCCGGUAUAUGGACUCUAUGUACGUUUAUCUUAAAAACAGUGGCAUUCACAAGUUUCCCACAAAUAAACCUGGGUGAAACUAUGCUCCCCCGGCUAAGUUGUCAGAUGCCCUUCUAAGUUGCAAAUUUUUAAUGGGAAAGGAUGUUUGAUGUAGUAUAUAUUAAUCAUGAUUCAUGAAUAAAUCGUAAGAUUUUACGUUAAGUAUGAGUAUGCUUAACCCGACAAUGAGAAUUUACAAGCCGGAUUAAAAAACAAAUUUUUAUUUUAAAAAAAACAAUAUAUUUUCCUUGUAAUUUGGAUAAUUAUAUAUAAUGUCAAGACAAAAUAACUGAAUAAAAACUAAUAGGUGUUGUUUAUAAUUAGGUACGUUUUAUCUUCGAUUCUUUUUGAUUUUAUGUAAUAGUAACGAAUCCCGGAAAAAGAACUAAAAUUAUCAUAUAAUCAGAGAAUAAGUAUAAUCACAUAAUAUAGAUGUUGAUAAUAGAUAGAUGUUUCUUAAUAUAAAUAUUAUAUACAUCAUAUAUUUUUUUAAUAUAAUAUAAUAGACCAUUUAAUAUUAUAAAAUAAUUUUAAUAAAUUUGGUACCCAAGAUCCCGCUAACGAUAUAUUGGGCUCAUUUUUAAAAAAAUAGUAAACAAAGCGUUCGAAUAAAUAAUUCCUUAAAUCUAGAAACACUAUCAAUAUGUGGAGUACCUCAAGGUACUAACCUCCCUUCCAUCCUAUUUAAUAUUCAAAUUAACCAAAUAAACGAUCUAAAGAUACACGUUAAACUAGUCUGUUAUGCUGAUGACACUGUUGUUUUUGUUGACUCUUGGGACGAGGUAUUUUUUGGCACAUGAGUCAUUCAGUGUUGAACAAAAGAAAUGAAAAAUUAAUGAAGACAUAAUAUUUGCUAUAUUAUCAAAUAUACUGAUAAUUAUAUUUAUUUAUUAUUUAUAUUAUUAUCGUUUUGGUCUUUUUUCCGGGGGUUUUUUUUCCGUAUACCAAUAGUAACAACUAUUCUCAUUCUUGCCAAAUAUUUGUUUGGUACCAUUUAUUUUCCUUGUCUAUUCAAAAUUCCAUCCUUGUAUUUGCUUUAUAAUGUCCUUUACUCUUUUAUUGGCUACUUUUUUUUUUUUGACUUAACUGAAUUACCACAAAAACAAAAUUGGUUUUGACUAAUUUCGACAUUUUAAUUUUUUGAUUUUUUUUUCGACUUUUUUCCCCCAUUAUUAGACAUACAUAUUUAAAAAAACGACCUUUUCAAUCUACCGACUAUGGAUUCAAAAUUCUAAAAUGGAACAUGUAAGCAAAUUGAAAUGCAGUUUUAGAUUGAAUUUUAUGGUAUAAAUUUUAUUCAUAGUCAAAUUAAAUGAGUAUUUCACACAAUUAGGUAUACAACCAAGUACAUUUUUUUUUUAGAUUUUUAAAUGUAUUAUAUUAUUGGGUAUAACAUUAUUAUUAUCAUAGCUAGGAGGAGUCCGUGGUCAAAUAUCAAUAUAUACAGUCAGAUUUUCUGAUUCAGAUUAUUACCCGCAGACCAUCGCCACUUAAGGUACACCAAUGACAAACAUAUAAAAAGUAAAUAAAUACGUUUAUCGAUUAACCUAAAUCAAUCCGUUUUAUGAAAAAAAAGCAAAAUUUCAUAUAAAUAAAUUAAUGGUUAGAAUUUAUUUACGACCUCGCCACAAACCGUAUCCGAACAUAUGUCAUUAUUAUUGGUUCGUGAUAUCAUUAUAAAUUAUUGUAAUAUUAUGCAAAUGCAUUUAUCUACUUACAGGAUCAGGUACAGUGUUGCCUAUAUUCUUCCUAUUUAAAAUUAAAUCAUUAAAAAAUUGAUUUUUAUCGUCUUUUAUUUACCCGUUGAAGAGUAUUAUUACUUUAUACUCCUAUUAAUAUGGCUUCCGAUUAUUUGUGUAUUGUACUCGUCAUAUAUAUUUCGUGUUUUAUGUAUAUAUGUAUACGGAAAGCCGUAAAACCUCGGAAUGUAUUUGCUCAGAUUGUAUAAUUCUAGAAUAAAGUUUAUUUUUACGAAAAAAGAAAAUUUGUGAACCGUAUAGUCACGAACCGUAAAAACCUAAAAUCGAAAAACAUGCAAAACGUAUUUGUACGGAUUGUUUGUUCUGGAACACUCGAACUGUAUUUUACUGAAAACCUUAUAAACCCGGAUUGUAUGUUUUCGGGAAAAUAAGUGUAGUCAUGGACCGUAUAAUUCCGGAAAACAGGUUUUUUCGAUCCGAAAUUAAAAACUGGAUUUCGCGAAAAAAAUAUAGGUGGUUACGCGUACUGUUGCCAGUCCCAAUCGCUUAUUACCAAACCCUGUUCAGACUGUAUCAUUCUAUAUUACAAGACACUCAUUAUCUCGGAAAGAAUAACCUUUUUUCAGAUUUUUUUUUUUUGACAACUUAUGAAAAUAAUAGCUUUAAGGAGCUUUAACGAGAAUAUUACCAUUAUUUUAGUCGCUCUUAUUUAAUAUUUUUGCAGCUGAAAUAAAUCCUUUUGAUUUUCAAACGAUCUUGUAAUUUUUUUUAAUAACAAAUAUUAAAGCUUGUUGAUGCUAGUUUUUUAAAUAUUUUUUAUUUCAUCGCCAAUCUACUAGCUGAUGCCCGUUUAAAAUGAGCUAUUUAAAGUAUUGGGUAGUAUCAGUUGAAUUUCCUUUCAGAAAAAGAGCUAUCAUUGUAAAUUGGAGUAAAAUUGCUGAUAAAAAAGUUGUGCGUAAAAAAAAAAGACCAUAAUACAUUUUAUUAAUACCUAUAUUUCAUACAUUUUCCAUUUUUCUGAAAUUUUAUCCCGGUUUUUCGCAGAUAUUAUGAAAAACACUUGAAAAAUCAAAAUAUUACCUCCUUAAAGUAGCAUGUAGAUAAAAUUUCCUUUCAGAAAAGGUGCCCACACUUGAUACAUCAGAAUAAGAUUUCUAGUAGAAAAGUUUAUACAACAAAUCAAUAGUUUUCGAUUAAAAUAGUCCGAGCGAACGAUAACUAAAGACCCUAGGUACACCUAAAAUGUAUUUGUUUUUCCCGGUUUAAGUAAAAGGGAAAAAUAAAUGUACAACAUUUUUUUCGAAACUCGGGUUUGAACUCGCGAUUUCUAGGAUGACAAUUGGUAGUUUUUACCAUAAGACUACAGUAGACAUACUUUAAAGAAAAUAAUAUAUGUUAUUUAACAUAUGUAACAUAUUAUAAUAUAAUACCCGCAUAAUAUCAGAACUAAAGAGCUAUAAUUUCAAAACUUAAUCCGCUCAAUUUUAACUUUUCCAUCAUUCUUAAAUCGGCAAUGUACAUAAUAUGUUCGAACAAAAAAUUGAAAAUUAAAUUAGAUUUUUCCCACCUAAUUUUUUUAUUCAAAACAAUUGUCAUUAAAAUUUGAUAUUAGAAUUCCUUUAUAAAAAAAAAAUACUACAUUAAACUUAAUUUUUGUUUUAACACAAAGUAAGACUUUUAAUGAACCUCUUGAAAAUUUAUUCAACCAUUUCUAUUAAGUCUAACAAUAUUAUUGUAGAGUACCUACUGAAUAAAAAUUACGUACAAAACUCAAAAUUAAAACGUCUAUAAAUAGCUUAAAAAUGGCUUAAUUCUUUUGAAAACUUUACCACAUCUAAAGAAGGUAAAUUUAAGUUUUCUGUUCAAAUUUUAAGUCCAUAUAAAUAUGAAUAUUUUUAACUGAAUUUCAACAAAUGAUAAAAUUGUGUGAAAAAAAUUUUUUAAACUAUUCAAAAUUUGAAAAAAAAAAUUUGAAACCCGUCUCUAAUCCCCUGAUUAUAUUAUAUAGUGAGUAUUUUAUAUAUAGUGUAGUAUAUUAUUAUAAAAUCAAUAUAACAUCAUUAAUAGGAUUUUUUCCACAGUAAAGUUUAGGUGAGUAUGUAAAAAAAAUAUUUAUUACAAACACCUGUAAAAUUGGUCUCUUGAUGAAAAAUUAAUUUGGUUUUUUUUUCCCACAGCGACAGAACGGUGAGCGUUUGGGAUUGGCAACCCGGACACGGUUUUGUGGAAAAAUAUUAUUCGCCAUUGACGCACCAUAAAUACAUGGUAACUGACGUACACUUUGAUAGCGAUGCGACCAUUUUGGCCACGUCGUCUUUAGAUGGAAACACCAUAUUAUGCGAUGUUGAAGUAAGUCUAAACUUCGGGUAAAAACUCACGUACUUUGAAUAAUGUCCAAAAAUGUCAAGUGAUAAUUAGGGCCCGGAUUUCAAUGCAUAGUGCUGUUCUAUAAAACAAUGAAUUCCAAUUACCUUUAUAACUUUUAUAUACUAGUAUACAUACACUUUUUUUGUAUUUUUUGUAGUUUUUUUUUUACCGUUUCUAAAUCAAUCCAGUAAUAUACGUACAUUACGGGAAAAAUAAUUUUGACUUAUGCCUAUAUCUAUAUAAUUAGAAAUACUAAAUUAUAAAAGAAGUAUUUUUAUAGUUAGAUUAGUCAUAUUAAAAAAUAUUUAUCCAAAUUUUCUUUCAUAAAUUCGAGUAAUUAUAAUAUAUUUUAUAUUGUUGGGAAAAGAAAUAUUGUAUUCUACUGUAUAACGAUAAUGUUUUUAAAAUAUUUGUAAUUAAAUACCUAUUUAAUAAUUUUAGAUUUACUAAUAUUUAAUUUGCAAUAAUCAUAGUGGCUCAGUCAGUUAGGUGUUAGGAUAGGUAGGGUCCCGGUUCGAUAACCGUCACCUAAUUUUUUUUUUAAAAUUAUUUGUAUGAUCCCUUUUCGACGUUAAUUUCGACGUUUUUGUUGGUUUAACGCCUGAUAAAUACUGAUUAGUAUAAUUUAUACAAUUUUGUAUAUAUUUUAUAAAUACUUUAUUGGUAAUAUUGUUAGAUAAUGUAGUUAUAGCUACCUCAACAAUUCAAACUAAUCUAAAUGGUUAAUGGUUAAUUUAAUUAUAAUGUAUGGUUGUCACUAUUCCAUAUUUUAAUUUCGGUAUAACCAUAUAUGUAAAUAGAUUUUUACCCAAACUUUUUAAUGUGUAUAAUAUUGAUAUUUUCAAAUUAAAAAUUACUAAACUGCAAUUAUACUUUUCAACCAACUAUUUUUGUACGGCUGUAUUUAUCUUAAUUCAAGAUAAGAUUUAUAAAUUAAGUCGGUAUAUUUCUUAAAGGCGGACAAAGAAAAAAAUUUCGAUAGAGGUAUUGAAAACAUAAAAAUUAAUACCGUUAAUAAGUAAUAACUUUUUGUGUCAUUUUUAAUUCUACAUUUGAAAUAAUACAAAUCCCAUAUAAGUAAUAUGUAAUAUAUAUAAUUUUUAAAUAUUUUUUUUUUUGUGAGAAGUUGGUGUUAGCCACUGGUACUUAUUAUUUAAAUUAUUACCAAUAAACCGUGAAUGAAAUUGAGGUUUCAUAAAAAUUGUUUUAUGAGUUCGAAAUUUUGUAAAACCACUAUAUAACUGAAAGUAGUAAUUUUAAAAUUACGUAUUUUACUAAUUUCGUUUUAAAAUCAAUCGAUUUAGAGAAAUUUCGCUAAACUUUUAGACCUUAUUCUUGGUUGAAAACAAGUACAUACAUUUUUUAUAAUAACUCAAAGAUUCUUUUACUCAGUGUCUUUACCCCCUCCUUUCUGAAAAAAAUGUCUAAAUACGUCCCUGUCGCCAAAUUGUUUUUCUUUACACAUGAAGCGAAUUUGUUUUCAAUAUAAAUUUGUUUUGACUCGAAUUUUAAAUUCACACCGACACGGACAACAUUGAAAUAGAUAAUAUUAUUAGGUAUUAUCGUUAGAUACCUAUGUUUUCUCCACGAUUUAACCGUUCAACAAAAAUUAUGAAUUAUUACAAUCACGUUUACGGAAUCGUACCAUGUAUUCCAAUUUGUUGCCAAUAUUAGAGUAUUAACAUAUGUUAACACUGUAUUACAUUAUAUUAUAUUCAACGCAUAAGAAUUAUUAUUGGCUUUCUCUACUUCUGAUCGAUUUUUAUAUUUAUUCUAUUUUGUUAAUUUAAAUAAAAAUUCUUGUCGUAGAUUUCUACGUCUGAAACAGGUAUAUUAGCAUUAAAUACUCGAAUAACUAUGUAAUACUGCAGUACACUAUAUUUGAUAGUCAAAAUAUUAUCCUAUAAUAACAUUGAAUUGUGUGUGAUUUAAUAAUAUUUUUGAUUUCGUGGAAUAUUUAAUAUUGCAUACUAUACCCAUGUAGAUAUAUUCGAUGAUUUGAUUUAUCAUUAUCACGUGCAAACAAUAAACAAUAGUUAAAUAUGUUCAUUUCCAUUUUAAAUGUGUUAAACUACACUGUGCACAAUCGUUCAAAUAUUAUACUAUUUUAACACUGCACUCGUGCAUAUUAUGUUUUCAUAUCAUAAUAUUACAGUACUGUAAACACGUAAUUAUUAUUAUUAUUAUUACAGGUAUAAAAAACUUUUUGCCAUUGAAGUCAUAGUAUACAAAAUGUUAUUUAUUGUAUACCGUACAAUUAACAGUAUUAUAUACCAUUUGAUGAAUCAUUACACUAAACUUGUCAUAAUAUGUUGUGUACUAUAUUAUAUUAUGUAUAAGUGCCUAAAUAAUUUAAAACUAAUUAUUAUCAUCAAGUUCCAUUAAACCUCGUCCUUGACAUUUAUUUGUAUAUCAUUUAGUAUUAUAUAGAUACGUUUUAUGUCCUAUACCGCCAUACAGGUACAGAUUUUAAUUGCUUCUUUUUUUUUCUUCAUAAUAAUAAAAUGCAGUAGGACUUCGCUAAUCGGACUUAUAUGGGACCAGGGUUUGUCGGAUUUUUGGUGUGACCAAAAAAAGAAACGACGUUCAACAAUUAAUGUUAAAAUGUACGCAUGUUUAGUGAACGUUUAAAAUUUAUAAAUACGAUACCGUAACAUUCCGUUACAUCGUUUCUAUACUUAUCAAGUUUUUUUUAUUUUUGAUUUUUCAAUUCAUUUUAAAGUCGUAUGCUUACAUUUUACCACUUUAGACAUUGCGAACAAACUACGAAUAACAUAAUGAACGUACAAAUAAAUAGAUAAUUAAUUUAUCUAACGAAAAAUUAAGAACUGACGAGUUAUAACGGUAUUUAAAUAGAUUAAGUGUUAUAUUAUCGGAUAUAUAUAUAUUGUGAGUUUUUAAACCAUAUCAGGUAUGUUGUAUUAAUAAAGUACCAAUUUUACAAAUUACAUUUUUCGUGUAUAAAAAGAAGAAGGAAGUGUCAGAUAGUACCUUAGUAGGUUGUCGAACUAACGGGAAUUGAAUUAAUGAGGUUUUAGUGAGGUUACAGGAUGUUGCAUUGUUUUUAUUAUAGAUGAAUAAUUCUAAAUGCAAUUUUAGAUUGUGAGUGGAGCGAGAAAUGUAUUGGUUUUACAUUCAUUUUUUUUUUAUCUGUAAACAGUUCUGCUAUAAAUCUUGCUCUGGUUUACAAGUGUAGCACUUUUUCUAAAAGUAAAUCAGACUGGAAAGAUACUUUAAGGAGGUCAUUUUUUGAUUUUCCCAGGAGUUUUCCUGAUUAUAAAAACCAGGAAAGAAUAUGGGAAAACCGAAAAAAUGUAGGAAAAACGGGAAAAUAGCUAUAAUAUUAAAUAAAUAUUAUUAAAGAACGUAUAUAGUUCAUAUGUAAUUAUUUUACCAAAAUAUGACAUAUAUAUUUUUGACAAAGCAACACUAUCAAGUAAACUACGCUCAGAAUAGUUUUUUGUUAACAAUGGUUAAUCGUUUCUUACAGAUAUAUAUAUUAAAUUACCUAUAACAAUUAGCCAUAGCUUAUAAUUAUUUCAAACUGAAAACUCGUAUACCUAUACUAGCUAUUAUGCUGCCUAAAUACAUAUAAGAAGGUUAAAUAAAUUAUUGUUGAUAAUAAUAAACGUUAUAUUUUUGUUUGGAUGUUUAAUAAUGAUUGUGUAAAAACAAAAAAUGCAUAUACUACUCGUAAACUAUAAUGUACUUUCGGAAUUAUUGGAAAAGAAAUACAAAUAUUAUAUUCCGUUCACGUGCAUUAUCGUAAAAUUUUGUAAAAUACGCACAAAGUAUAAAAAUUCGCCAAUAAUUAUAUUCUUGGCAUUACCUAGAGAAACUUACAAAAAUUCGACGUUUUUAAAUUCAGUGAACAUUGUUAUGUUUUAUUAUGUGACUAAUAAAAAAUAAUUCAAAUAUAAAAUAUAUGACUAUAACAUAUUCUUAUAAGUAGUAAAAUUAUAAUUAUUAUUCAUAAAUAUAACGAUAAAGCACUCAUAUAAAAUAGCAUGAUGCUUAAAAUCGUUUUAGUAUUGCACAAUUUAUUUUGAAUAUGGAAUGCUCUCCGCACUACUCAGCUUAGCCUUACGAUAUUCUUGGUCUUGAUUCCUUGCGAAUGAUCAGAGAAGACAAGAUAACUCGCUAUAAGUACUUACGUUAAAUAACUUGUAUUAAUACGGUUAUACUGAUUCUCUGACCUUUUUUUCAGAAGACCAUACUAUCUAUCUUUGCACUUCAUUCGUUUAAUAUCACCUUUUGCCGCACCCUUAAAUUUACAAAUUAACAUUUCUACUGACUAAUUAUUUCUAUCAAUAAUAAAAUACAUCAUUUUUGUUGAAUUUUGCCCAAAAAAUAGAGAUUAUUGCACUGUAAAUUGUGUGUGUUAAAUACCUAUUUGUGUCCUUCCUAUACUUUUGUAUAUUUUUAACUCCCUCUGGACCAAAUGAGCUCAAACUGGAGACAUUUUUGUGGGGGGUUUUAAAUCAAAUCAUUUAUUAUUUUUGUUAAAAACGUAUUUAGCACUUAAAUUGAAAACACUUUUGGUUAAUUUAGUGAGGGUUGAAUCUCCAAAGCUCCCACCCCUUAGAUACGGCCUAGUUUUCAGUUACUCCAUAAUUCAUAAUUAUAUAUGAGGCAUAUAACAUGGCUAAACAAAAUAAUUGUUUUCGAAUAUAAUUAUGUCAUUAGAUUUUGAUAAUAAUUUAAUUUCUAUUGUAUAAAUUACAGACGGGACGGAUUAUACACACGUUCGUCCAAAAUAGUUGUGGUGGCAUUAGAUCGUCGUGUUUCAUGGGAAAUUAUAAAUAUUUCGUAUCCGCCGGUGACGACGGGACAAUGUGCGUGUGGGACGUUUUUAGAAGAGUGCUGGUCAGGUUUGUCUUAAAAAAAAAGUAUCAUAUACCUAAUUAGUAAUAGUUAUAUUUCGUGGCUAAAUUCCGACCGGUAUUAUAUAUGUUCGAUAUAUUUUGUGAUACUUUGAUUGAAAAAAAACGGUAUUUUUUAAAAUUUUAACGAUGUAUUGUUAAGACCCGGAGGUUUUUCUUUGUAAUAUUAUAUCAUAUUGUAUACGAAGUAAAUUUUACUUUCAAUAGUUGACGUGAAAAACAAAUACAAAAACUGUAUACAGUUGUAUAAUACAUAACAACAACGUUCCGAAUAAAAAAUAUCAGUUUAUUUUUAUAAAGUAAGUUAGGUACCAACAUUAUUAUUGUAAAAAUAUUAAUUUUACAAGUAUAAUAUUGUUUACUGAAAAAUAUAUUAAAAGACUUAAUACUAGGUUUAAAAGUAAAUAAUUUAGGAAAAGAAAAAAUAACGGAAAAUAUAAUAUAAUUAAAACACGCAAUUAAAGUAUAACAAUCUAGGUUAUUGAUUCAAAUCGCGAUGCUCUGGUUUCAAAAAUGACACCGUUUAUGAGUUUUAUUUUUAAAAUAGUAUCGUAUAUUUAAAAACUUGUUGAAUAAGUACCUACUGAAUUUAAAAUUAUAUAAGGUAUGUAUAUUGUAUAAUGAUACCAAACUGUUUUGAAUUAUUAAAUUCACCAAUGUCGAUUUCAAUUUUCAAAAAUGUAAUUAAGUAUAAAGUAGCUCGAUUAAAAAUAGAACAAUAGAAAGUUUGAACGUAAAUCUUACAAUUAAUACGGUGCCUACAGUAGGUUUUGAUAAAUUUCUUACAUUUUAGAUUUGGAGCGUAGCAAGGGAUCUAUUGAUUUUACUAUGAUGCGUAUUUUUUUAUGUCUAUAAGCAAUUUUUCUACCAUAAAUCUUGCUCUGAUGUUAAGAUUGUAGUACCCUUUCUGAAAAGAAAUUUGUUCUAGUUUAUGUAUUAGAUAGAUCAUAUUUUGAUUUUCCAAGGGGUUUUCAAAAUAAUUGGGAAAAACUGGAAAGAAAAUUAUAGGUAAAAUGGCAAAUAUUUACGGCGCAUCGUGGCGUUACGGAUUUCAUUGUUUUUAAUCUUUGUAAACUAUAUUUUUUUCCAGAAAUAUUGCUCAAAUAGAAAAAUUACAAGAAAUCGAUUUCGUUUCUUUUAAUAUAAAGCCACUUACAAUGAAAUUUGUUUUUAGCAUCCAAUGUAGUUUUAAAAAUACGAAAAAUAUGAUUUUUUUAAAUUACGACGCAACGGUAUCAUUAUUUAAAAUUGUUGAGAUUAUUAUUUUUUACCAAUAAUCUAUAUCCGAAUUUCAAGAAUAGCAUAUUUUCUGAAGGUUUAUUCGGCUUAACAAAGCAGAAGAUUCGGUUAAUUAAAGGUCCUAAAAAUAUAUUUGUAAACACUAUUUAAUAUUGAAUUUGAUACUUGGUUCACGGUGUCAAUACAAAUGUUUGUAUUAUAUAGGUAGGUAGGUACCUACCUAAUAAAAAAAAAAAAAAACCCCAUCAAACUAUUAAAAUAGAAUUCGUGUACACAAUGAAUAAUAAAUUAAAAAGAAGUAUAAAAGUUUAAUAACAUAGGUAAAUCAAAACACCCUUUUCGGCUAGUAUAAUAAUGUUUAAAAUCGAUUAUAUUUGAUACUUUUAAUAUUAAACAAUUUUGUUAUGUUGUUAUGAAUGAAAAAUUAUAAUAUAAAUAUUAUUAAACAUUAUUUACAUGCAUUUAGACAUUGAUGUCAUUUUUAAAUAGUUUAUUGAAAAAUCGAUUUUGUCUUUUCCUUGUUUUUACCUGUUACCUAUUAUGAUAUUUUGUUUUAUCAACAUGUUGAAAUAUGUUAUAAUGUCUAUAGGUGUUCCGACAUUUCCUAUAUAUUAAAUAUAUGAAUAAGCUAUCAGUUUAUUGAUGUCAUAUCAAUACAAAAAUACUAUAAUAUUUUUGUGGUCAUGAAUAUUGGUCUACACUAUAAUAAAACCAACCAUAAAAAGGAUUACAUCCGCUGGUGGUCAGGAUUAGAUAGGCCUUCAGUUGUCCCUACCUGUUGUAAGAUGUGACUAAAAGGAAUCUGUAAUUGGAUAGCAAUUCUUACAGAAUUGAUUUUAGUAGAUGCAGAUUAUAUUUAUAUAGGUUACUGUGCAAGUAACCUAGUAAAAGUAAAAACAAAUACAAAAAAUAAUAGCCAAUAGAUAUAGAAGCCAUAUAACAAGAAAAACACCUCAUAAACAUUUCAUAGUAACAGCAAUGAUCAUGAAGCUCUCUCUAAAAUUUCCCUAAAGUAAAAUAAUCCUCUAUUCUAGGUGGGGAUUACAAGAGAGAAAGGAGUACUUAGUCAAAAGAUUUUUUUAUAUAAUUUGGACGAAUUUAGAAGUAGGUAUAUUAAAAUACUUAAAAAAAAGAACUAAUUGAAUGAUAUAUAUGUUCGAAAACGAGGAUUAUUACGAAGGUAUGUUAAACUAAACCGGUCGAAUUAAUUUUUUUGUUUUAUUCUUGAUUUUUCUACACCACUUGUCAAAAACCUUGGAUAAGCUGAUUCGUGAUUUUUGAUUUUUCAACAAAAAAAUAUUUGAAAGUCUUUAAAACACAAAGUUAUUAUUUCAUCGCCCAUCAACCAAAAUAAAACUUUCUUUUCUCAUAUCGUUGAGAAUAUAAAUUAUGAAAUACGACGUAUAUUAGGUGAUAUUUACACAAUCAAUACUUUUUUAGCCAUCCCUUCAAGGCUAAAGAAUGUUGGAAAAUAAAACUAAAAAAUUCCUUCACCGUGUCUCAAAUUUCAGUCGUUUAGAUGUUAAUAUUAAUAGAUAUUAAUCGGAUACGAUAUUAAUAUUAUCUUUGUUCGAUUUAGUUCAGAUUUUAGAUAUAGCGUGACCGAUUAACGUUUUCUGAAUACACUAUUAUUAAGUAUUGUAUUACUGUAAUAUUAUAUACAUUAAUUAUAGUCAUAUUGAGUGGCACACCAUUUGUUUUAUAAAACUGAACACUUCUUUUCUAGAUUUGAAAUAAUGUCAUUUUGUUUUCAAAAAUCAAAAUUAUUAAAAUUACAUGAACCGAUGUCCAUAAAUAAUUGUCUAAAUAACUUAAGACCGAGAACGUUAUGUUUCUGAAAAUUGUUGAAACUGAUAUACUAUAAUGCCCUACCUAACACACUCCACCCAAUUCAUGAAAUUAUAAAUAGCUAGGCCAAUGCAGUUUUUAACAAAUAAUUACCGAUGCCAAUGGCAUGAGCGUACCCAAUGGGAAGCAGAGGGGACGCUAAACAUUAAACAAUAAACAUACUAAAUAACAACUAAAUAUAUUACAAUGCAAUAAAUAUGUUUAAAUAUGUAAUAUCUUUUUCCCGAAAUUAUUUCGUAAAGUAUAUUAUAGUUGUGUAGGAUAUAAUAAUUUUUACUUAGUUGAGUUAAUAACGCAUAGGUGCAACGAAAUAUUUUAUUAGUUAUAUAAGUUUUCAAUUUUAAAUAUAGUAUAGUAUAGUAGUGUAUUUUAACGCAGCUAAUGUGGAAUAGGGCUAAAGCCAAUUGACCUCUCCUGGAUACACUAUACUACCCAGAGCAUUUAAAUAAACGCAUUUAAAUGAGAAAGAUAGUUUGUGUCCAGAAAUCUUUUCCUAAAUUAUAAUAAUAGAAUAUUUAACCAAAUAGGAUAACUAUUUUGCUAUUUAGCAAGGCGUGUUGAAUAGGCAAUUUAGUUACAUUACCCAUUUAAGUAUCUGAACAGUGAAUACAUUAUAGUAUUAUAUUAUAUUAAAUUUACACAAAUAUUUUUGCUUACUUCCAUAUUUUAAUGUUCUUUUAAUCGAUUCUCAACACUAAGACACGUAUACAUUACCAGGAUAAAUAGGUUUUAUACAAUUUGUUUUAUCGAAAAUUCGAAAAGUAUAUUUUUAGAUGAAAUAUUUACAUUGCAGUUAUUUGAGAUUUCGGUAUCAAAAUUAUGUGUAAAGGUACAUCAUCGUAUAUGUUAUUUGAAAGUCUCACGUAUUUUUUUAAAAACUAUUGUAAAUGUAUUGAAAGUUUUGAUUAGGUUUUUACCUAAUAUCUGCAAUCUUCUUAAACGUGCUAUUGCGUGAAAAAUAGUUCAACUUUAAUGGAGUUUUUUUAUUUUAUUUAUAUUUGCAGGAUAAUAGUUGGACACGAAGAGGCGACGUCGAUGAUAUGCUGUUCGAAGGACUCGAGAAUAAUUUUAACGGGUGACACGACGGGAGUAGCCAAAGUAUGGUCAGUCACCGAACUUAUCGACUCUGCCGCCUUCGAUAAGAUUACACCUCUGUACGUGGUGUUCGAUUGUCAUGAUAUGGGCGUCAAUUCCGCUGAUAUAUCGCCCAUCACCACAAUAACAAGUGCGUAAAUGCUGUUGUGUCUCUGGAAAAUAAUUAUAAUCUUAAAAAAAAAAAAAAAUCUAUUAAAAACACGCGAAUAUUCAUAUUAUCAUUAUAUUAUUAUUAUACUAUUUUGGCUUUUUGGAUCAAAAGUGGUCACUUAAAAAAAAUACUAGGCCAUAUGGAACUAAAAUUAUAUAAAAAUAUUUAUUUUUUACUGAAAUACGCAAAGAAAAAAUGAAUAUUUUUUUUUUUUCAUUUUUACCCAUAAAACUUAAACAUUAUGAAUUUUCAACAUUUCAAACACAAAUAUUUUUGAGAUUUAAGUAAAGUUUUCAAAAGAUGUGCAUUUAUAAUAAUGCAACAGUAAAUUAAUGUAUUUUUUUAUAAUUUAAUAUUAUUUAGGGUAUUCGCCUGAAAGGUACCUUUCAAGUCAUCGAUAAGUCUCCAAAAAUAUAAAUUUUCUUCUUUUUUUUAUGUGUUUUUUUUUUAUCGCCUUAUUGUAUUGAAGUAUUUAAUUUCAAACUUGAAAAAAAUUAUCUAUACAUAUUAGACACUUUUUACGAAUUCGUUCCUAGAUUAAUUAAAUUAAAACCUACACCAAAAUGUAUGGAAAAUUCAAAAGGAACUUUGCCUCCUCCUCUAAUUUGAGCACUAAAUUUGUAUAACGAGUGACGAUUCGAUUGUCAUGAUAGCCAGGGGAAAGGUGUACACCAUGCUGACUUGUGGUAACGACCACUUGGUGAAGAUAUGGCAACUCACCUUGUGGAAGACGGCCACAUGCUCACAUCAGUGCACCGUAGAAAUGGUCCGGCCGCUUAAGGGUCAUUCAUCGUCGGUGACCAGUUUGUGCUUUGACGAAGCUGGGAAAAUGUUCGCGUCCACUUCCAUGGACAAGACUACCAGACUAUGGCGAGUAAUUGAAAAAAUUUUAAUUUUUUAAAAAACCGAAAUAUUUAAAUGUUUAAAUUCAUUAACAAAGUAUGCAGGAGGAUUUUUUUUAUUGUAAACUAGCAAUUAUUUUGGAGGAUUUUAAGUGAAUUUGAUUUUUGUUUUUUUAAUCAUUGUAGAAUCGUCUAAGCUUUAUUUUAAAAAAAUAUUUUAAAUUUUUACCCUUACUCCAUAUAUACCUUAAAUAAGUACAUACUUUUUUUUUAAAAUAGUAACUUACUUUUAUGGACACAGAUUCGAAUAGAGAACAUAAUUUUUUAAAUUUUAGUAUGUAUAAUAAUAUAUCAGAUUUACCAUUUAUGAGUUAUAACCAUUUAAAGUUUAGACCGGAGGAGUAGGAAAGAGUUAUCAAUUUAUCAUUAGGUUUAUAAUUUAUUAUCUUUCCCUAAUCUUGUGGUUUAACUUUACACGAGUAUAACUGAUGAACGGUAAAUCUGAUAUUAGUGUUAUGCAUUCUAAAAUUAAAAAAAUAUAUAUAUAUAUAUAUUCGAAUCUAUGUAUUGAAAAGGGGGGUUUCUUUUUUAAAAACAAAAACAUAUACUUAUUUAAGGUAUAUGGAGUAACGGUAAAAAAAUGAAAAUAGUUUUAAAAUAAAACUUAAAUGAUUCCAUAAUGAUUAAAAAAAGAACAAAAAUCAAAUUCACUUAAAAUCCUCAGAACUGAUGGUUCAUGAUAAAAAAAAAUUAUUCCAUAUUAUUAUAAAAAAUCAGCGUUUAGAAAAUUCCUUUUAAAAAUUAAUGCGUUCCCAUUCAAAUUCCGGAGUUAAUAAAAAUUAAUGCUUACUAUUUCACGUGUAUAUGCUUUCACGUAUUCACCCGAAAUUUCACAUUAAUUUCUAUAAAACUGUAAAUUUGAUAAAUCGUUUCUAGUGUACAUCCCCGCGAUCGUUUCGUCGCCAACAUUUUACUGCGAUAUAUUUCGCCGCCAACUUUUCGUCGCGAAAUGAUUUUUUUUCGUUUAAAACCUAGCGCUGUGCCUUGGUUAUUUUUCAACGUACGCUAGUGUGAUCUUCAUUGAUAUGUUAUGGCGAGAUUUUGUCUGGGUGUGGUUUUGUCUGGCAGAAUUUUGCCCAGGCGUGAUUUUGGCGGCGAGAUUUUGUCCGGCGAGAUUUUGGCGACGGGAUUUUGUCCGGACACUCGUAUACAUACAUGUUAAAUUCAUGUGUAUCAAUAAUUAUACGUGAAUACAAUUGUUUCAUUCGCUUGUAUACGGAAUCCGUGUUCACGUACAUAUUAAUUCAUGUUUUAAAUUUAGACCUCUAAUAAAAAUAAUUUAUUCUCAUUUAUCAACAUUUUGAAUGCAUUCUAAGUGUAUUGAAAAAAGAAUAAAUCCUUUUUUGUUUAACUUAUCUAUUUUAAUUGAUUACCAAGCAUAAAAAAAUAGUAAACCCUAAAAAUUUACUUUGUUCAUUGACUAAACAUUUAUGCAAAUUUUGCAUUCACAGUCUAACAUAAACUGCAUUCUUUAGCAUUUACUUUUUUUUAAAAAUGAAUGUAUUUAUGAAUUCAUUGAAUGCAUUAUUUCCAAUACACUGAUAAAAGUUGGUUGAAUACGCUUAAACAUUUUUUUUACAAGAUGAUCGAGCCGAACGACGCAGUUUGCCUGAAAGUAUUGGAAGGUCACACCCGUUAUGUUAAUACCUGCGGAUUUUCUCGAGACAAUCUACUGUUCGCAACUGGUAAAAAAUUUCAAUUUGAAAAUAGUAAAAUAUCAUAUACCUAACUAUCUAUUCUUUACCUAUUCUUAUUAAUACAAUAUUGUUAUCCAUUACGUGUACGAGGUCUGGCUAUUAAAUAACGAGACUGCUAAUGAAAAAUGGUUUUAUUUUAAAAAUUAUUCCUCAACCAAAUGUUCCCCUUCAAUAUACUCUCCUCCCCUCUUCACCCACCGUUUCGUUUUUUCCAUUGCUCGAGGCAGUGCUGGAAGUCUGUUUUCGUAAGACCAUUCAGGAGUUCCGCCGAUUUUUGUUUCACCUCUUCCAUCGACUCAAACCGGAUUCCUUUUAAGGCAGACUUUAUCUUCGGAAACAAGUAAAAGUCGCAUGGUGCCAAGUCGGGUGAGUAAGACGCGUGUCCGAGUACUGGAGUGCCUUAAGCGGCCAAAUAACGCNUCCUGGUGCAAGAUCCACGACUUGUUUUUCCACAAUAUCGACCGUUUCUUACGAACUCAUUCGCGCAAUGUUGCCAAAACUGUCAAAUAGUAAUGUUGGUUCACAGUUUGACCCUCUGGAACCCAUUCAGUCAUCACGAUGCCGUUGAUAUCGAAGAAAACGAUCAGCAUGGUUUUGAAUUUGGAUUACGACUGAAUUGGAUUCCGGUGCACUCUCGACCUUCAGAAAAUAAUUUAUGCCACUCAAAAACACGCGCCCGAGAUAGGAAAUCCUCACUAUAGGCCUCUUUUAACAACUUAUAGCACUCAGUUGGAGUUUAUAUUUAAAAUUUUACGUUUAUCCGUUGCUCAUGGUUUUCGUCACACAUCGUUUUCGGCAAGAGAAAAAAACAUAUUCGUUUCUAAACGCUACAGAAAAAAUACUAAUGCACUAACAAAAACCCAAUUUCGUACUGGCAUAAUAGACACUUCCAGCUAACCAGCGCUGUAUUCGUUUUUCCCCUAAUCUUUUUGGAACGCUCUCUGCGCGCGCAGUCUCGUUAUUUAAUAGCCAAACAACGUAGUUCAUAUUAUUUAUGUUGGAUUCAAUUUUUUUUUUUUAACAAAAUGUGAAUCUAGAAAAUGUGUGUCUUUUACAUUAAAAUCAUGUCACAGGGUCCAAUGACAAGUCGGUUAUUAUAUGGGAUGUGAAAGGAGAAUUAGAUUUGUAUGCUAAACUGGACGAUUCGGAAGUAAGUAAUACAUACAUAAAUAUGUGGCGUUUGAUGAAAAUAUACUCAUAUUAUAUAAUUUUUGUUAAAUUAAAAAAUUGUGUUUUAGGAAAUCGAAUCUAUGGAAAACACGGAAAAUGAUAGAAGUCCGGUAGAAGUGACACUAAACGAGAAAUUGAACAGGUUCACGAACGCGGUAAAUUCGUGCGAUUUCGGCAUCAAAUACGAACACCUCGUGGCAGCUGGCAGGUAUACAACAAUAAUGAGUACUGAUAUUAUAAAAGCCGAUUUUAAAGGGCCGGGAGGUUUUUAAGAAAUUAUUAGAUAUUAGCACUUCCGGGUUUCCAGAUAAUCAAUUUAUGCGUUUUGUUUUCAUGUGUGUGUGACGUUUAAGCGACAAGGUCAUCAGGGUUUGGAAUUUUCACGAAAACGGGCGAUCCGAAGAGUGCAAAAGUUCGCCGUUGCGGGUUCACAACUACUCGGUGCAACAGAUUGUCGUCUCGCCGUGUUCAUCGUACAUGGCGUCGUGUUCGUUAGACGGGACAACCAUUAUUUGGGAACUGAACGUAAGUAUUGGCCAAUGUAUAUUAGAUAACAUGAUAUUGUGUGAAACGUGCAGAAUAUAUAUUUAAAUCAACCGUAUAUACAUCAAAAACCAGUAAAUACUAAUACCGUCAAAGAGAUUUCAAAUUUUUUCUGCUGUUUCUCGAGUCUGAGAUGAUGAAAAAACUUAAAUAAGAGAAUUUUAGCCAACAGAAAAAAAAUUGAAUACAAUUAAUAUAUUAAAUAAAAAAUAUUUAAAUUUUACUUUAGAAUAAAUUUACAAGUAGAUGGUCUCUUGUUAAUAUCGUAAGUAAUUUGUGUGUAAUCAUGAUAUGUAUUUAAAAAAUAUGGCAUUCACGUAAAACAGAAAAAAAUAGGUACCAUUAAAUGUUAUUUUCAAUUUAAAGCACCUACGGAGUAUAAAUGUGUAGUCGACUACUAGUUACUGCUACUUCACUCAUAAUUUAACUUACAAUGGAACUUCUUCUUUUAUUGUCUUAAUAUCGCCGUAUCAUAUUACAAAAAAUGAAUUUCACACUUCCCUUUUUCAUUACCUAUUGUUUUACAUCUUCUGUUUUAUCAUAGAAAACCAUUGGUAUCACACAACUGGUUAAAAUAAUGACUGAAAACAAAAAUCUAACUAAAAAAAAAUAACUAUUCACACCCUUCAUUUGAUAAUCACUAGCGAAAAAUAAAAAUAUUGGACGGGACAAAUCAAUAACCUAUAUAAGUAACUUGGUUGGCAAAUAAUAUUAUUGCCGUAUGGCAUAGCGAAAAAUAAAAAUAUUGGACGGGACAAAUCAAUAACCUACAUAAAUAACUUGGUUGGCAAAUAAUAUUAUUGCCGUAUGGCAUACAAGCCGAACAUAAUAUAAAAACUUAUAUUUUAUUUUAUUUUUGGGUGUUUAAAAAAUUGUACGACAGACUCUAGAACAAAAAGGUUCGUUGCAUGCCGAUUACGGAGGAGCCAGGUCCUGUUCGUUUUCCGGGAAUUCUAAACUCAUUGCAGUCGCCUGUGACAACGAAAUGGUUUACGUGUGGGCCGUGAAUACCUUGCAGCUUGUUGCGUAUGUAUAGUAGUAUUAUAAUAUGAUAUAAAUAUUAUAAUUUAUAAUAAAAUUGUAAUUAGAAAUGUUUUGUCAUACAUGAUACUGCCAUUAUACCUACUGGGAGUAUAAAAUGUUUAAAUUCAACUUUCUUAUUUUUCCAAAAUGUAUAGAAUAGCCAAUUUUCAAUUCUCGUUUUAACAAAGAAUUAUCAAUAAAAGGUGAUUUAUUAAUAUUAGCCAUAUUAAUUGUCUAUUUCGAAAAAAAAUGAGUCUAAAUAUAUAUUAUAUUAAGGAAUUUGGAUAAUUCAGGAAGAUAUAUUUGUUUUUACAAUAACUCUUAAUUGUAAUAUUUGAAAAAUAUUAAUAAAAGACAAUUUGCACUUGUUUACAAUAAUAUAAAUUAUAAAUAAUAAUUGUUAUGCUUAUGACUUAUAAUAAUAUUGAUUGUACGCAAUAAUUGUUGUUCUGACACGUCAUCGUAUUUUUAUAAAGAUGUCAAAAUAAUAAUUUAUUGUUUUAAUCAUAAUUUUGAUUUCGGUUGCAGGAAGCUGUCUGGAAACAACGAAGACGUAACUUGCGUAUCAUUCAGUCCCGAUUCACGUUAUUUAAUGUCCGGUUGCGUGGAAGGACACUUUAGAAUUUGGUCAGUGCACCCGAAAAAAUGCAUAGUGUCCAAUACGAGUACAAUUAUUCGAGAUAAUGCUCACGAAAUCGGUAUAACAAGCGCGGAUUUUGCAUUCAAAAGUAAACGAUUAAAAGUUAUAUAUUAUAACAAUAUAAUAUAAUAGGGGUAUAUAAUAUAAUCAAAAUAUUAUGGAUAAUAUCAAUUAGUGAGAUCCGAUUUUUGUACUUUUCACUUUUAGUUAUGUAGAAUAUUUUCGUAGGUAAAAGGUACUUAUAUAAAAUUACAGUUACUUGAAACGAAUGGUUUUAAAUCAAAAUAUCUCUAGUAAAAUAUAUUUCUGGUAAAAAAUGUCUUCUGUAAAACAUAUCUCCAGUGGAAAUAAUGUCUAUACUAAUAUUUAUAAGAUAUAUUUUAAUAAUAAACAAUAAAUAUAUGUACCUAUACAUAAUAUAAAUUAUUUUAAGAAAUCUCUCAGUAUAAACAUUUAUACAUAAAAAAAAAGACAUAAUUCGCAUGACACAUGUGCUACUAUUGUAGAUGAAAUAUUGGGAGGUAGGAUUUAUAAGAUAAUUCAAUGCAAUGAUACGCAUCGAUUAAUCAUUAUUAACAAAAAACGAUUCCAAGCGGGGUUCUAUUAUACAUGUUUUAAAAGGUUUUUGUAAUAUUUACGAUUUUAAUUAAAAUUUGAUUAUACAAUUCUUAUCACGAUGCAUAGACCAUUGUUAUAGGUUUGAAGUUUGGAAGGUAGAAUAGAAAUUUAAUCCAUAUCUGUACGCAACGAUUAACCAUGCAAAUCCCUUUGACGGUGAACAUGUUAAAAAAAUACAAAAUAUACAAAUUACAAUAUUAUCACAAAAAUAAUUAUUAAAUUAGUUGAAAAUUAUGCGAUUUAUGUGAUAUUUCUAUUUUCUAUAUUUAAUAAGUUAAUUUUUUUUUUGAGAAAAAUUGUUUAAAAACAUUUAAACAAAUUAAAGAUAGUNGUUUAAAAAAAUACAAAAUAUACAAAUUACAAUAUUAUCACAAAAAUAAUUAUUAAAUUAGUUGAAAAUUAUGCGAUUUAUGUGAUAUUUCUAUUUUCUAUACUUAAUAAGUUAAUUUUUUUUUUUGAGAAAAAUUGUUUAAAAACAUUUAAACAAAUUAAAGAUAGUACAUAUUAAAUGUGGGCGUUUGAAAGGAAAAAUAUCUUGAUCUAAAUUGACAUGGGACGCGCUGCAAAAAACCUGCAGGGUAUAAUAAGGUUACGCUACGGAAAAUAGAUUUAUUUAUUUUCAUUUUGUUUUUUAGACCCGUCCAAAAAACGAUCGUUAUUGAUGCUAACAGGUGGUAACGACGCAGUUGUAAAAACAUGGAAGUUACUAGAUGACCGAAUCGAUUUCAAAAUGAAGUUCGUGGGUCACGGCAGUGAUAUUACGUGCGUAAAAUUUCCGCGAAACAUUACUACAUUUUUGGCGUCUACGUCACUAGACAAGACCGCCAGAAUAUGGCAAACGGUUGGAACCAUAUAAAAUUUCAUUAUUUUUACUAUUAAGUAUAAGUAUGGGUACGAUUAUAAUACAAUUAUGGAUCUUUUAAAUCUGCAUCUAAAUCUUCUUCAGUUCUUAAUUUUUUAGCAAUAUAGAUAGGAAGUACCAUUGAUUUUAAUCUAAUUUUUGCACUACAUCCAAACACAGCUUUACUACAUUUUAUUCCAUCAUAUAAAAAUCGAUUUUUCAUUAAUUAGACAAAUUUUAGAUGUUCGUUCUAUUUUAGAUUCGGACUGUUGCGAGUGAUCUUUUGGUUUUAACACGGUGUGUUUUUAUAUAUAUUUUUUUUUAGAUGUUGUAUCCCUUAACAACUUUUCUACAAGAAUUCUUUCUCCAAAGUAUCAAGGGUAGCAUUUUUUCUAAAAGGUAAUUUUAUCUAGUGUGUGAAUUGAGGAGGUAACUUCUCGAUUUUCCCAGUGCUUUUCAUAAUAAUUGGGAAAAAUCGGGAAUAAAAAGUUAAUUUUAAAUAGUACUUUGUGGCCAAAAAGAAAAAAAGAACUUAUACUGGAGACGAAUGUGGCAAUUUUUGUAGGUUGGAUAUAUAAUUUUAUUUAAUACAUCUUUAACCAAUGAUAAACUAUUGCUUUGAUGAUAAAUGUUUUGAAAGACCAUACGUACAUGAUUUUCGUAAAAAUGUAAUUUUAAAACUCUUAUUAAAAAUGAAAAAUGCUAUAUUACACUCAUUUUUUUUUCACCACCAAGUACGACUUAUAGUUAAUCACCUAUCAAAUUUUCAAGCAUUUCUAUUUAGUUUCACAAUUUUAUUCAUGGAGUAACCAAAUAAAAAUUACGUAAAAAACUUACAAAAUUGAAAUGUUUAAAAAUAGCUCAAAAAUAACUCAAAUGUUUUGAAAAUGUUACCACGUCUAUGAAAGGUAAAUAUAAAUUUUCUGAGAAAAUUUGAAGUCAUUGCGAAUAUUUUUAUUGAAUUAUAUUAAAAAAGCAAAAUUUAAAAUAAUUACAGAAUUAUUUUCAUACCUUUUCCCGUUCUUUCUACAUAUUUUUCGGUUCUAUUCAAUUAUUAAAAAACUGCAAAGAAAAUCAAAAACAACUUAGUCACAAACUAAAAUUAAUAAUGCAACAAAAAAGGUCCCUCGUUGUUUUUUACUGGAACAAUAAUUUAAUAUAAAUUACGUUUUAAUUUUUUUUUCCCAAUUAUUAUAAAAACUACUUGAAAAAUGAUCCGUUGUCAGGAGAAGGCUUAUAGCUAUUGAAAUCUACUUCCUAUUGAAAGCAAGCCCCCAAAAUUUGGUUUUUAAGUAUUUUAUUAUGAAAAUCAAAUUAUUUUAAUUGAUUUAUGUAUAAUCUAGGUUACAGUAUUAGUCUACCGAAGCCGGAUACCUAUUUUCCAUCUCAUUUUUUUUUAUCAGUAGCGUCACAGGAAUUAUCGGGCUGGACAGCUAGUAUAUAUUUUAUAAUUUAUAAUUUUCUCUAUCAUGCAUUCUUUCAAAAUAACACGAAAAAUCCUUUUAUAAUAUAUAAAAAUGUAUUUGAUUAGAAUGUAAACUUUAUUUGAAAGAAUGUAUUGGAAAAUUGGCGAAAACUUGCGUUUGUGGUUAGAUAUUGAUACUAACCUUAUCACUCUGCUUAUGUAUCUACUGUAUUGUGGUUAUUGUAUAUCUCUAUUAGAUCUUUAUUGUAUCUACAUUUUAUAUGUAUACCUAUAUUCUAUAUUUCUUUAAUAAUAAAAUAUUAUCAUAAAACGAAACAUACAGAGAGAUACCAAAAAAAAAAAGUAUCCGAAAUAUUUGUAAUAAUGCUUAUAAAAUUCGUAUUCAACUUAUAUACGUAUAUGUAUCUGUAUGUUUUUUUUUUAUUUUAGAAAACUGGCGAUUGUCUUCAUGUUAUCGAUCCUAAAAAUGCCAUACUUACUUGUUGCUCGUUUUCACCGAAUAAUAAAAUAUUGGCCACAGGUAUGUAACUAUAUAAAAUAAUUUAAAUAAUUUAAUAUUGCAAUUUACAUGAUAUAGGUGUCCUCAAAUGUUUUAAUUUUUCUAAAAAUGAUAAAUGAACCUGACUGACUUGCUAACUCUUGAUCCAGUAUUAAAAUUUUCAACGUAGGCCAGUUGUAGAUUUGGAUUAAGAUGUGCCUUACUUUUAAACCUUAUUAGGAAUGUCGAGUACAAAGUUGAAAGUUGUUAUUCCUGUUUUGUUUAAAACAAAAUUAAUAAUAAUAAAACCAUUUAACUAUUUCACUGUUGUUUUAAAAUUUGUGUUAUAUUUAUAGGGUCAUUAGACAAAGCAUUAUUCUUGUGGAACUUACCGUUGGAUGACAGCGACGAAACGUCAAUUAGAAAAUCAGUAACUAUACCUACUCAGCAACAUAUUUAUUAACUCCCAUCAUAUAGACAGGGGCAAAGUGGAAACUAAAUUCAGGUCAGAAAAUGUAUUAAUUUACUUAAAUUUAGAAAAAUGUUUUCAUCAAUAUGCAUUUAAAUAUAAUACUUUAUACGAAAAUGUAAAAAAAAAAAACUUAAUAGGUACUGAAAUAUGAAUAUAAUAUUAUGUAUCUCGACUUUUUAUAAGUUGUCAAAUUAUACAAUUAAGUCAAAUAUUAUAUAAAAAUAUCAAGAUGAUUGAUUGGACAUCAAGACAUCGGGAAAACUCCAAUUUCCAAACUUGCCACUCUGCCCCUGCUUACUGGUGUCUAAAACGCCAAAAAAAUGUAUUGUUUAUUGUGUUCGUCGCUUUGUAGGUAUAUAUAUAGUAUUUAUGGUACCUAUCUAUGGUUUGAUCUAAUUUCUAUUAUAUAUAGACACUAAGCCUUUUGAUUUCCAUAUAGGCAUCGUUGGCAAAAUACAAAAUGCGAUCGGACGGUAUUCACGGUAAGUUUUACUAUCUCUAAAUAGGUUUCGUAAUUCAUAUAUCGUAAUAUAAGUAGUAUGCUGUUCAUAAAAAAAAGAAAAUAUCCAUCGAGAUUUAAAAAACUAUGUUACCUAUGUGUUUGUGUAGCAGAUCAUUACCAUUCAAAAAUCAUUCGGAUUCUAUAUGUAUUUCUUAUAAUUACAUGAUUAAUAAAAAUGUAAUUCUUAAAUCAUAAUUAUAAUAAAUUAUUGUCGUUUUUUUUUUUUUUUUAUUUUAAUUUUUUUAGGUAGAACAUUUAUUUAUAUAGGUUUGGUCGAUAAUUUAUCCUAGACUUUAUAAAAUUUGUUUAGUUUGUAACACGGGGUUUGAAAAAAAAAGAAUAAUAUAAUUUUUUGAAAAUCGACAUUUUCAACCAUAAUCGUGAUAUUCUAUUGGUUUUACAAGACGAUCAAUGUAUUUGUAAUUACUUUUUAGUAAUAAUUUAAUUUUUAAUAGAAAAUCUAGAGAGCCACGAGUAGGCAUAUUAUAUAAUCUAUAGUAGUGCCUAAAAAACUAUAUACUUUUCAGUGUUGGGAAAGUUCCUUUCAAAGUUUCCUUCUCACACCUCGUUCCUUUAAGUGAUCCUUUUUAUUUUAUUUUAUUUUUUAUGAAUAACUAAUGCAGUUCAAAAUAAUUUUUUAUAUUCUCAAUUUAAAAAUACGAGAUGUAGCUAUAAAAUAACGAGAUUUAAAUCGGUUAAUACAGUGUUGGAAAUUCUUUUUUGUAAUGCCUUCAAUACCUCUGUCGAUUUUGUUUUUACAGCUUCGAUUGACUCAAAACGUAUCUUUUUUAACGCGUGUUUUAAUUUUGAAAAGAGCUUAAAAUCACAUGGAACAAAAUUUGGUGAAUAUGGGAGUUUAGUAUCACCGCAGUUCAAUUUUCGACCAGAAACUGCUUUAAAGGUAAAGCAUUAUAAGCCAGCGCGUUGUCUUGAUGCAAGAUUCACGAUUCGUCUUUCCAUAAUUCAGGCUGCUUUCUUCUUACUCGUUCUCUGAGUGUUUUCUAGACUUGUAUAUAAUAAUAUCGAUGCAUAGUUUAUUUCUGGGUUACCCAUUCAAUCAUAAUUUCACCCUUAAUAUCAAAAAGUAGCCUGUAAUUUUUUCAUCAUUAGGACCUUCAAAAAAAUCGUUUAUGUUACUCAAAAACACAUGUUCAUGAUAAUAUCAGUCAACAAAUGCAAACUUUACCUCGCAUAUCUUCGAUUUUCACUAAAAAUUUCAAUUAAAACGUUGCCCGAUUUUUUCGUCGACAUAAUUUCGACGUAUAAACGCGAAUAAUAUUAAGUAGGCAUGGGCAUAGUUCACUAGGAGGCAAGGUGGGCUACAGCCCCCCCAGAACCUUUCGUAGCCCUAGGUUGAUAUAGGGUUCAUAUCCCAAUUAUACUAAUUUCAUUUUUAAUUGUAUUCUUUUUUUUUUGAUAAAUUAUUAUUAUACAUUUGUAUUUAUUUUUUCAAGAUAGUUAUUACGAUAAAUUUUUUACGUGACACAUGAAUGAUAGGUGAAUGAAAGAGACCUAUCUCAGUCAUUAGAUUCUGAAAAAAUUUUAAAUAUGUUUUCUAAAAAAAAAUAAAUUACCGACUACGUUUAAUUUAAGUUAUUAUUAUUUAUUUCUCUAAAAUAAAAUGACUUUACCGAUUAAUUAGUAAGAUUAAAAAGAAAUAUCUUGGGGCAAUAGUAGGUAUUGGUAAUAUUUAAGUAGGUACUUAAAGUUUAAAUAAUGCUUACAGAUUAACUAUCGAACGGAGACUGACUCAAGUGCAGGUAUUUUUUGAUGCAGUGAUAUUCAUAGAUGAUAAUUAUAUCAGAAUUAUUCCUUUAUCUGCUCGUGCCUUAUCGUUCGUUUGAUGGCUCAUUAUUUAAUAGCCACAAGUCUUCAUGUCACUAAUUAAUUUGCUUUGAAAAUAUAUGCAUUAAUUAUUUAUUAGUUACUUCACAUUUGUGUAGAUAUGCCUAAUUAUCAUAAAAAACUAAGUACAGUAUGGGUUAAUCAAGUCAACUAAAAUUGGUAACUAUUGUUGACAUGCUUAAAUCCUAAUAAAUUAAAUUAAGUUCCUACCUUAAAAAAUGAAAAAGAAAAAACGUAUUAUUUAAACGAAAAAUGUGCAUCAAUUUAUAUAAAAUUAAUUUAUUUCACGGUUAUAAAAGUAUACAAACGUGCGAUUUAAAUUAUCAUUUUAUGUACCUUGUGUAUGUUAAUAAAAAUGGAAAUAAUAUAUUGUGCCAUUGUGGUAAUGAAUUAAAAAUUAAGGAAGUUAUAUCAACAUUAAAUCAUUUCUAGACAAUAUUAUCACUAAAAAACGUGCGUUUAUACCUUUUUCGUUAUAGGAAGCACGGAAAUUUUCGUUUAAGUUCCUUAUAAAUAGGAACUCUUUCCCGUCCCUCGUUCCUAUAUUUGAAAAGUACUGCGUUCCUUCCCAACACUGAUACUUUUAGAGAAACCCUUACCUUGCACUCUGUAGUAUUUUCAUUGAUAUGAGGGUUAAACUAAAAUCAAUAAAUAGGUACUUGCAUUUCAAAAUUAAAUUUAAAAAUGUAUAUUUCAUGCAAUAGCUACUCACUACUAAUGUAUAAUGUUUUACCUUGACGGGGUACCUCAGCCUCGCUGAACUUGUACUUCAUAGUCGCAAUAGACCCAUUAGGAUCACCUUUUAGUGUCAAUCGCAGAAUAGCGCACACAUUUCCAAAAACCAAUACAAAUUUUACGGUCAUUUUAAACAUUGGGAUAAACCUACGUAGAAUUCAAAAGAACAUAAGAAGAGUAGAAUUUUUGGUGUGUUUAAACUAGAAAUACAGAGAUGGACCAUGCGGAAAGCAAACUGGAAUUAAUAAGUAGAUACAAAAAUAUGUCAACGGAAAUAUUAAUCGCAUUGAGUAAAUUCUAAAACAUUAUCACCGUUUUAUGAAACUGCUAUAUGAAAAACAGUUACAUUCAAAUCCACUCCCAAGACACAUGAAAUGAGGGAAAAUUAUGUCAUUUUAAACAAUUUUAUAAUGGUAUAAAAAUUGCGAAGAAAAAAUGAAUCAACGAAUGAAGAAUCAUUUUUUGUUAACAAUGGUUAUUACUACACACAGAUAUAAAUUAAAUAACGCUUUAUACCCUUCCUUCUUAACUUUUUACCUGUACAACAGUGACACAUCUACCAGCUCUUUUUUCAUGUUUAUGCUUUACAGACAAAGAUAGUCGGGAAUUGGAAAAAGCUCUGAUGAAGUUAUCACCGUCGGUAGACAUACCCGAUGAAUUCGUGUGUCCGAUAACUCGACAGGUGUUCAGAGACCCCGUCAUAUGUGCAGGUACUCCAGUUCGUUACAUUUAAGGGUGUUAUUUACCGGUGAAGCAAAAUUCGCUCAGUCAUGUAUAUUUGAAUAGCCAUCGAAAUACAUACACGAUUGAGCAAAUUUUCUCAUAUAUAUAUACGCACGAUUGCCCAAGAUUUUAAAUGCAACGUUGCCAUGCAUAAAUGAAUAUAUUAUUAAAACAUCAUAAUAUAUUACAAACCGCGUUCUGUAUGAAAACCUUAAAAUAUACAUUUAAUACUGUCUUAUUAGAAACGCAGUCCAAAACAGAGUUUCUAAUGACAAUGUAAAAAAGGUGACUUCUACAGAGAUAGCACUCAUUAAAGCAACUAAUAGGGCAUAUAAUAGAUAUAAAUUAUGUAAAUCCUAAGACAAUUUACUCCACUAUUUGUUACUAACUGGUAAUAGAUAUCAGGGAAAAUCAUUAUAAUAUAUACGAUAAUUUAAUUUUUUUUAUAAUUGUAUAGCUGGUACAUAUUUGUUUUUAGUAUUAAAUUUUACUAACAAACUGAUCAAUACUGUUGUUUUAAAUAACUUUUAAUAUACAUCUAUUAUAAUUGUUUUUUUUUUUUGUUUUGUAUUACUAUUAUUAGUAUUAAUAUUCAACAAUGGUUCUCUUUACUUCUUAACUUCUAUAUUAUUAAUUUCAAAGUAAGUAUUCGAAAUAAUGAUAACAAAUUGUCAACUCUAAAAAAAAAUUAUUAUUAAUGUUCAUAACCCCAUGGUCACCUUAAAAUGUGUAAAAAUAAUCAUUUAUUUCAUUUACUGUUGUUAUUUCUCACACCGGGGUUGUAUAACUAAUAUGUUAACACGUUAACUAAUACGUUAUGCCAACGUUGCAUUUAAAAUCUUGCGCAAUCGUGUAUAUAUAUAUAUGAGAAAUUGCUCAGUCGUGUAUGUAUUUCGAUAGCUAUUAAAAUAUACACGAUUGAGACAAUUUUGCUCAAUUAUGUUGUAGCCGUCAUUUAUAGGCAUGGACCCAUUCGUAUCCUUCUCCAAAUAUCCUUUAUUAAAACAAUAUGUAUCCGUCUGGAGUCCUUAGACAAGCUAGACAUAGCUUUCAUAGCUAGAGUCGUAAAUCCUGCUCUGUACCCCUAUAUUUUUCUGUUUUAUAUUAGUCUGGUCUAAAAUUUUAAAUGAAAAUUAAAGAGUUUAAAAAUAAAAUUCAAUAUAAUUUGUAUGAAAAUGAAAAAUUCCAAAUUUGUAUGGUACAAAUAUUUUAGAAUUCUGUAAUAUUAUUUACCACUUAGCAUUUUAACAACUUAUUAUACUUAUAUUUUUAAUCUUAUUUCCCAAUUUUAAAAUAUAUUUUCAAAUAAAUUAGUACUUUGAUAUUCUAUUCAGAAAUAUAAUAAUAUAGGUACCUAUCAUUAUAUAAUUUAUUAAAUAUAGGACAUAGGUACAAAUAUACAUAAUAUACAUACACGUAUAUUUAAUCAAUCCUUAUAGAUAAGUUAUUAUUUUCGAGAAUAUUGUUUUCCUGCAAUAUAUUAUUUUUUUAACAAUAUUACAACUGGUCUACUGUGUUAUCAAUUAUUUUUUGAGUUAUGUAUUCGUUUCGACAGAUGGAUACACUUAUGAAAGGUCAGCAAUAGUAUCAUGGUUCCGGCGGGGCAAAAUCACAAGUCCGCUGACUAACGAACCACUACUGUCUAAGUCCAUGACGCCGAACGAAGCCCUCAGGGAAGUGGUUGCUGCAUUUGUACAACAGGAUCGAUGAACCAAUGCAAAUACCUAUGUGAUACUAUGAUCACGUUAGAACUUUAUACCAAUACCAUAUUUGAUAAUUAUAUAUUAUAUUAUAUGCUAUUAUUAUAAUAGUGUACUACUCAGUUACGGCCAUGGUCCUUACUAUUAUUGCUUGAAAAUAGCUCUAAAAUAAACACAGAACAUUGCGUCGUUUGAAUUUUUUUUUGAUUUAAUUAGAGUGUAUUAAUAUUAUUGUAAUCUAUUACAAUGGAAAAUAAAUUAUACUAUAAGUUUGAUCGCGAACAAGAGUAAAAUAUUUCACACCUAUUUUUGACGACC